AUGGGCGAUAUCCAUCUCCGGCUCUUCCCGUCUGCCGCGCCCAAGGCCGUCGAGAACUUCGUCACCCAUGCCCGCAAUGGCUACUAUAAUAAUACCAUCUUCCACCGUGUGAUCCGCAAGUUCAUGAUCCAGGGUGGAGACCCGUUGGGCGACGGGACAGGUGGUGAAUCGAUCUGGGGCGGGGAGUUCGAGGACGAAUUCUCCAGUUUGAAACACGAUAAACCGUAUACUUUGUCCAUGGCUAAUGCUGGACCGAAUACCAAUGGGAGUCAGUUCUUUAUUACGACGGAGAAGACGCCGUGGUUGGAUAACAAGCAUACUGUUUUCGGGCGAGCUGUGCAGGGAUUAGAUGUCGUGCAUAAGAUCGAGAACACGAAGACGUUCAAGGAGAAGCCCGAGCAGGACAUCAAGAUUGUGAGUAUCACUGUAUCUUGA